UAGUAAACUGUAACGUUACACUGAGCACUGACAGCCUGGUUAGCUGUCAUCACGCCUCGCCACAUCUAACCUUAGCUAAAUGUGUUAAUGCGAUGAACCGGGAAUUUAUUGAUCAUGGCUAACCUUCGGAUUUCGUUAGUUGUCGUGGUUGUUCAGGCGGUCCUGUACAGAACCUGUGAGGCUCUGCUGUGUAACUGUACCACUGCCCAGUGCGAGAAGACUGGGUCCCAGUGUGAGACUGACGGAGCCUGCAUGGCCUCCACUUCCUUCAUAGAUGGCCAAGAGCAGCACAUCCGUACCUGCAUCACACGGGAAAAUCUCGUUCCCCCCGGACAGCCGUUCUACUGCCGCAGUGCAGAGGGCCUGCUCAACAUCCACUGCUGCUACACUGACUACUGCAACAGCAUUGACCUCCAAGUACCCUCAGUUACGACUCAGUCAGGACUGGGGGAAGGCUACGGCCCAGGUGGGACAUGGGGGCUCGUAGAACUAGUCGCUGUGACUGCAGGGCCGCUAUUCUUGCUGUGUCUGCUGCUGCUGGUGGGUAUGUUCCUGUAUCAGUACCACCGGAGGGCCUACAGCCACAGGCAAAGGCUAGAGGUGGAGGACCCCUCCUGUGACCACCUCUAUCUGGCCAAAGACAGGACCCUGCAGGACCUCAUAUACGAUCUGUCCACUUCUGGUUCAGGCUCUGGUCUGCCUCUGUUUGUCCAGCGGACCGUGGCCAGAACCAUUGUCCUCCAGGAGAUUAUUGGGAAAGGGCGUUUCGGCGAGGUGUGGCGAGGACGUUGGAGGGGCGGUGACGUGGCGGUGAAGAUCUUCUCAUCCAGAGAGGAGCGCUCCUGGUUCCGUGAGGCUGAAAUCUAUCAGACCAUCAUGCUCCGCCAUGAAAACAUCCUGGGCUUUAUAGCUGCUGACAACAAAGACAAUGGCACAUGGACCCAGCUGUGGUUGGUGUCAGACUACCAUGAGCAUGGCUCUCUGUUUGACUACCUGAACCGCUACUCUGUCACUACUGAAGGAAUGAUCAAACUGGCACUAUCGGCUGCCAGCGGCCUUGCACAUCUGCACAUGGAGAUUCUUGGAACACAAGGAAAGCCAGGCAUCGCCCACAGAGACCUGAAGUCCAAGAACAUCCUCGUGAAGAAGAACUGCACCUGUGCCAUCGCUGACCUGGGCUUGGCUGUCCGCCAUGACUCUGCCACAGACACUAUCGACAUUGCGCCCAAUCAAAGGGUGGGCACCAAGAGGUACAUGGCUCCAGAGGUUCUGGAUGAGACAAUCAACAUGAGACACUUCGACUCGUUUAAAUGUGCUGAUAUCUACGCUUUGGGACUGGUCUACUGGGAGAUUGCACGCCGCUGUAAUAGUGGAGGUAUCCACGAAGAGUACCAGCUGCCCUACUAUGAUCUGGUCCCUUCUGACCCUUCAAUAGAGGAGAUGAGAAAGUUGGUGUGUGACCAAAAGCUACGACCCAACAUCCCAAAUUGGUGGCAGAGCUAUGAGGCCUUGCGGGUUAUGGGCAAAAUUAUGAGGGAGUGUUGGUAUUCUAAUGGAGCUGCCCGCUUGACGGCCCUGCGCAUCAAAAAGACCCUGUCCCAGCUCAGCAUUCAAGAGGACAUUAAGGUCUGAGCUAAGCAAGCAGAUCGCUGAGAUAGAGCACUGAGCAGGCCCCGACUCCAGACCAUAGGACACUGAGUGGAACGGGCCGAGGCCUUCUACAAAGAGUGCACAGAGAAAGAGAAUAUGAGUCGCACUUUGUAAAAUAUUACUCUACGGACACUCCUGCCAGUUUUGAAACCACUUGAUUUUUGACAAACCCUACCUCGCUUACCCAGCCAAACUACCAAGAACACCUUUCCUGUCUUGUCCUUAGCUCCUGCUGCCCUACCUGAACCUUUUUGUUCCUCUCUACACUCCGCACUAACAAGGAUCCUUGGAUUUCCUGUGUACUUGUAUGCAAUCAAUAACAGGAUAUGUAAUUAACUAGUUACCAUUUUGAAAGUCAGUCGCUGAUAUUUCCACAAGUCUCUUUGAUCACAGUUGCUUAAUAGUUAACACACAGCAUUCACUAUUUUUGUCGCUGAAAGGUGGGCAUGCUGGGAGGGUUAAGAGUGUUUUUAACUUACUUUUACUUUUUCUGUUUUUAAAUGACCAGAUUGUGUUGUUUAUACUCUAUGGGUUAUUGUGCAGGGUUCUCUGUGCCACCUACAGGCACACAGUCACACCCCAAACUGCAUAGAAGUCCUUCAAUGAGAAUAAUUCAUCUGUUUCUGCUACAGCCUUGUACUCUAGUUGCCUGCUGAUUACCAUGUAAGCAUGUAUAAAGCAGUAAGCUCUCCCAAAUCCUCAGGUUUUCCUUAUGCUUAUCAAUCAACACUUUUUUUGUCUGAUUAGAAGCAUCUUAAGCAAAAUACACAUUUAGGAAUUAUUGUUAAAUGUGUAGUAAAGCAACAGCUGCCAGUGACAACUUCUUAGCUGACACACUCCCUAAUUCCAGCCUGGGACACAUGUAGCAUGUACAUGUAGAAUAUUUAAAUGGUAGUAUUCCUGCGUGAAUGCAGUCGACGCACGAGAGUGAACGUUGCUCCAGUCCCUCAGAGAAGCUGGUAUAUAUUCAGAUAAACCUUCGCCCUUUGCAGCAGGAAGGACUAUUGUACACUGUAGCUUCAGUACAAGGCACAUUUUUAAUCCAUUUGAAAAACACUAACUCCAGGAAUCUGAAUAACAGUUUGUUUUUAUGUUCAUUUUUAAAUAUAUUUUCAAAACAUGUCAAAUGUUUUUUAGUUUUUUUGGGUGCAUUGCUCCUGGCCGUUUAUAACUACUGCACAUAAACUAGCUUUUUAAGGUGAUAGUUGUGUAUAUAUGACAAUUACAUUUGAUUUCAUGUUGAUGCUUAGGUCAUAUUUUAGAUGGUUGAAUCUUUUAUACCGGGGUUUUGGUUGGUGGGAAGAAAAUUUGAAAACUUCGGUCUUGCUGUUUGUAAACAGUUAUGUACAAAUCUACUUUCUGACCUCUGAAGUAACUUUACUACAAGUGUCAGACACACUACUUAUGCUGAAUUUCUCCAAUAGCCCUCUACUACUGCAGAGCAGUAUUUGAUUUUUAACCAAUGUUUCACAGCUCCUUUUGUCCAUCGUACAAUACCUCCUCAGUGUGCAAAUUGUAUUCAUUGUUUCCUUCAAGCCUUCUAACGUUGUCACAAGUCACUGUCUACAUUUUGUUAUGUUUUCAGGAAAUCGGUGCACUUUUGUCUUGUAGCUGGAAGCAUUUAUUAACAGGUACUGUUUGUUUAUAGUAUUUCCCAUGUUAUUUAUAUUUGUACGCUGUGAGUCCCUAUGAAAGCCUGAAAGGCCACAUGUGCACUACUACUGACCUCACAACAUUAAAACCAAAUUAUUCUCAGAAUCAUUUCUGGUCAUGGCCUCUAGUGUUUAUUUAAGAUCACACCACUGAAAACGAGAAUGUUUAUACAAAUCAUGCCAACCAGUUGCUGUACUUUUCUUUGGGAGAAGAAAUGUUGAAACAAAAUGCUACUGAAGUGUCUCAAUGCUGUCUCACAGAUGUGUUUGACCAAUACUUUUUUAUUUUACUCACUGCACGGUAUUGUCUAUAAGGUAUACGUCUGACAAGAUGUUUGUAAGAACAAAUAGACUGCACUUAAUAAUGUUGCUUUUUGGCUGGAAAGACUUGGGAGCUCUACUGUUAUGUGUCAACCAUGUUUAUACAUUAAAGGGGUAUGUUUGUCAAAUCUGCCAUACAAUGUAUACAAUGCGUAGUGUAUUAAAGGUUUUUAUACCUUGCUCCAAGUAUCCCUAUGGAGUCUAAGAAAUUAGGUAUUAUUCAACAGGUUGUCAUAACUCCCAAGUCUCUGUCCAUUCAUGGCAAGAAGAUAACUACAUCUGUGUAAAAUCCCCUUCAGGACUUCAGUCAUGUAACUUCUAAUAUAGAGUAAUAAAUGCAGUUGUUUUCCUA